CUGCAAGAUACGCCUUCUGGCGCCUAUCAGAUACUGCAGAUAGGUCUGUAAGCUUAUAUUUAGGAACUUUUCUGACCUAGGGAUCCAUGGACUUGGCAUCGCAGUUACUAGUGACCCACUCGCUAUGAGAAUGCGAAGGCGAAGAGUAAUCCACCGCCGAACCGUCCGAAGACGUCCGGAUCUAAGCUCCCACACCAGAAACUGCGCCGGAUAGAAUGUAAUGGCCAGUCAAAGAAGCUCGCCGCCCCUCCUAAUAGCCCUCCCUGACCCAGGAGUCAAGUCGGCUCUGCUCAUCUGCAUGCAGAGACCGCAUUCAAUAGCGCAAAACGGUACACUACUGCAAGCCUUCUCCCUGACCCUUCUACUUUCUCACACCUCAAGCCAUCCCAUGAUCCUCAAAUCUCCACCGGGUGGCUCUGCUAGGAACAGACACUCGUAUUUACAGCCGAAUCGAAACCAGGAGUCCUCAGCGGCAAAGAAGCGGCACGAAGGCGCCCCUCUAGCUCUGCCGCAGCAUGUAGCAGGGUGAAUCCCUCUGGGGGACCACCGGAGUUCUUCCUGAAGUAG